UUGAGUACAUAAACCGGGCCGAGACUAGCAUGGCUUCAGACGUUUGAGAUAUUACUGCUACACAACCUACGUCAAACCAACUAACACUAACACAAAGAUGUCUGAUGAAGUUGAGACAUUCGCCUUCCAGGCUGAGAUUGCACAGCUUAUGUCGCUCAUUAUCAACACAUUUUACUCCAAUAAAGAAAUUUUCCUCCGAGAGUUGAUCUCCAAUGCCUCCGAUGCUCUGGAUAAAAUUAGAUAUGAAUCCCUCACUGAUGCUAGCAAGCUGGAGGGACAGAAGGAUCUGUACAUCAAGCUCAUCCCUGAUGUUGACGCCAAGACCCUAACCAUCAUUGAUACCGGUAUUGGAAUGACCAAGGCCGACAUGAUCAACAACUUGGGAACAAUUGCAAAAUCUGGAACUAAAGCUUUCAUGGAGGCUCUUCAGGCCGGAGCUGAUAUUAGUAUGAUUGGUCAGUUUGGAGUAGGUUUCUACUCAGCCUACCUUGUCGCUGACAAGGUUGUCGUCACCUCCAAGCACAACGAUGACGAGCAGUACAUCUGGGAGUCCAGCGCUGGAGGAUCUUUCACCAUCAAGACCGACAACGGUGAGCCCCUGGGCCGUGGAACCAAGAUCGUUCUCCACAUGAAGGAAGAUCAGUGCGAGUAUAUUGAGGAGAAGAAGAUCAAGGAGAUUGUCAAGAAGCACUCUCAAUUUAUUGGAUAUCCUAUCAAGCUCUUGGUCCAGAAGGAGCGUGAGAAGGAGGUUUCCGACGAUGAGGCCGAGGUUGAGGAACCCAAGGAGGGAGAGGAGCCUAAGAUUGAGGAUGUUGGAGAGGAUGCUGAUGCUGAGAAGAGCACAGAAAAGAAGACUAAGAAGAUCAAGGAGAAGUAUACUGAGGAUGAGGAACUGAACAAAACCAAACCUAUCUGGACUAGAUCUCCUGAUGAUAUCUCCAACGAGGAGUAUGGAGAGUUCUACAAGUCUCUGACUAACGACUGGGAGGAUCAUCUCGCCGUCAAGCAUUUCUCUGUUGAGGGUCAGCUUGAGUUCAGAGCUCUUCUCUUCAUCCCCAAGCGUGCCCCCUUUGAUCUGUUCGAGAACAAGAAGUCAAAGAACAACAUCAAGCUCUACGUUCGUCGUGUCUUUAUCAUGGACAACUGCGAGGAUAUCAUCCCUGAGUAUCUCAACUUUGUCCGUGGAGUUGUUGACUCUGAAGAUCUUCCCCUCAACAUCUCUAGAGAGAUGCUUCAGCAGAACAAGAUCCUCAAGGUUAUCAGAAAGAACAUCGUCAAGAAGGUCAUGGAUGUCAUCGAGGAGAUCUCUGAGGAUAAGGACAACUACAAGAAGUUCUACGAGCAGUUCGGAAAGAACAUCAAGCUCGGAAUCCACGAGGACUCUACCAACAGGAAGAAGCUUGCUGGACACCUCAGAUUCUACACCUCUGCCUCUGGUGAUGAGAUGUGCUCUCUCGGAGAUUAUGUUUCCAGGAUGAAGGAGACCCAGAAGGAUAUUUACUACAUUACCGGAGAAUCCAAGGAGGUUGUUGCAACCUCAUCGUUUGUUGAGAGACUGAAGAAGCGUGGACUCGAGGUUGUUUACAUGACUGAACCUAUUGAUGAGUAUGUUGUUCAGCAGCUCAAGGAGUUCGACGGAAAGAACCUCGUCUCAGUCACCAAGGAGGGUCUUGAGCUCCCCGAGGAUGAGGAGGAGAAGAAGAAACGUGAGGAGGAUGUUAAGAAGUUCGAACCCCUGUGCAAAGUAAUGAAAGAUAUCCUGGACAAGAAGGUAGAGAAGGUUGUUGUCUCAAGCCGUCUCGUCUCAUCCCCCUGCUGCAUUGUUACAUCUCAGUAUGGUUGGACCGCCAACAUGGAGAGGAUCAUGAAGGCUCAGGCUCUCAGAGACACCUCUACCAUGGGAUACAUGGCUGCCAAGAAGCACCUGGAGAUUAACCCCGACCACUCCAUCGUCGAGAACCUCAGAGUCAGAGCUGAAGCUGACAAGAAUGACAAGUCUGUCAAGGAUCUUGUCAUGCUCCUGUUCGAGACCUCUCUCCUCAGCUCCGGGUUCAGCCUGGAGGAUCCUAUGGUUCACGCUAUGAGAAUUCACAGGAUGAUUAAGCUUGGUCUGGGUAUUGAUGAGGAGGAUAACGAGGCUGAGGCUGCUGCAGAUGAUAUGGAUAUGCCUCCUCUAGAGGGAGAUGCAGAGGAUGCCAGCAGAAUGGAGGAGGUUGAUUAAGCUCGUUGAUCAAAGCGCAAUUUAUUUUAACCAAAUGCAUUGUACCGAAAAUUCACUCAGUUUAAUUUCUCUUAUGUUCAAUAAACUCUUUGUAAUGAA